AUGAGUGGGCCAUUGAGGAAACUUCAAUAUUUUGUUCCUAAAAUCCCACACAGUGAGAAAAAUGGGCAAAGCUCAAGAAUAGGCCAAGAAAUAGCACGGAGUCUCAUCCGUGAACAAGCGAGACGAGAGUUAGAAAAUGCUCAGCACUACCUUGAGACUGAAGGUAAAACACAGUGGGAAUUGGCCAAAGAAGCUAGCAAGAAGUACGGAGAACAGAGCCAACAAAUGUCUAAUCUUGCUCAAAAUACUCGAGAAGAAGCCGAUAAGCACGAACAACAAUCAAAAGAUAUUGAACGACUUGCUGAAGACGCAAAUUUGAAUGCGAAGAAGGCUCAUAAAGAAGCUCGAGAUGCAAUCUACGGAGGUGAGCAGGUUUCACAGCAAAUCGCUGAAAUGGAGGAGCGGCAGGCACAGUUAAACGAAACUCUUGGGAGGACGUUAGGCUUGGCUAAGGAACAGAAAAAGGCCGCUGCUGCCGCUAAUCAGGCUGCUGCCGAGGCGCUUACGACAGUGGAAAGCCUUCGUCUUCCCAAUUUUGACCCGCAACAGCUGAAAGCAGACGCGAAAGCAAUCAGUGUCGAUGCUAAAGUGGCCAUCGAGAAUACUAAGAAGGAAACGGAAAAUAACAAAGAAAUCCUAGAACAGGCUGCUAGGGCAGCUGCUGAAGCCAGAGAUGAAUUACAGAGCGCUGAAGAUCAGCAACAGGUUUCCGAUGCCCUUCUUGCUGAUGUCGAUGCUGCAAGAGCUCGAGCUGAUGAUGCGCUCAAGGUGGCUGAAAAUACACUAAAAGACGCGGAGAGAACGUUGGAGACCCUCAACGCGUUCAAUGAACGAGUUGAGAAGUCAAAGGCGGCCGCUGCUGAGCAGCUGGGAAAACUUGCUGAGAUCGAGGAAGCAAUAAAGAAGGCUGAGCAAGUGACAAUGGAAGCUGAAAACGCCAUCGGAUCAGCUGCCGUAGAUGCAGCUCGAGCCAAGUUCUUGGCACGUCAAGCUGGUGAGGGUGCGGAAAUGAUUAAUGAGAAAGCGAAAGCAUUCCAAAACAUGACAAUGCAAACGCGAAAAUCUGCUGAAACCCUGAAUGGUGACGUAGAUCAGCUCAUGGAAGAAUUGACGGAGACGAAUUCCACCCUGGAUAGUUACAAGGUGCAAGCGGAAACUGACAAGCAAAUGGCUACUGAGGCUGUUCGAAAAGCCUCAUUAGCGGAAAAAGCGGCUCGUGAUGCUAACAUGACAGUAGCCGAGGAAGCUGAACAAAUAAAGAAGAUCAUUGAUCGAUUAAAUGCGCUUGAAUCAGUGAAGAACGCCGAGCUGGACGAGUUGGAAAUAGAGCUUGAUAGUUUAGAUAGGCUUCUCGUUCAGGCUGAUAUUGAAAGUCAGGUUCCUCAGCAUAAAGUAUUAAAGACGGAGGAAGAUAGACACAUAACGCAAAUAAAAAACGAAAUUGAUUCUCUUUCAAAAGAGGUACGGAAUUUGGAAGAAAUUCGCGACGCGUUACCAAGAAAGUGCUUUAACCAGGUGAAGCUGGAACAAGAAGGGCAAAAGAAGUGA